AUGAUAUGGAGGGGAUUGGAACACCUGAAUCACAUGAUAUGGAGGGGAUUGGAACACCUGAAUCACAUGAUAUGGAGGGGAUUGGAACACCUGAAUCACAUGAUAUGGAGGGGAUUGGAACACCUGAAUCACAUGAUAUGGAGGGGAUUGGAACACCUGAAUCACAUGAUAUGGAGGGGAUUGGAACACCUGAAUCACAUGAUAUGGAGGGGAUUGGAACACCUGAAUCACAUGAUAUGGAGGGGAUUGGAACACCUGAAUCACAUGAUAUGGAGGGGAUUGGAACACCUGAAUCACAUGAUAUGGAGGGGAUAGGAACACCUGAAUCACAUGAUAUGGGAGGGGAUAGGAACACCUGAAUCACAUGAUAUGGAGGGGAUAGGAACACCUGAAUCACAUGAUAUGGAGGGGAUAGGAACACCUGAAUCACAUGAUAUGGAGGGGAUAGGAACACCUGAAUCACAUGAUAUGGAGGGGAUAGGAACACCUGAAUCACAUGAUAUGGAGGGGAUAGGAACACCUGAAUCACAUGAUAUGGAGGGGA